UUUCGAUAUGGCUGCGGAGGGAAGCGGGAGGAACCGGCCGACGGCCUCAGCUGCAAUUCCCGGGGAGCCGAGACUUUCUGACAGCAUCUCGUGCAUCCUUCGAAUUGGGAAAGCCUUAUUGUUGGGAUUCAUCAAGACUCUUUGGCAGCAAUAUGCAGCUUGCUCUCGCUACCCAGCCUCCUUGGAGCAGUUUGGCAGAGACAACAUGCCAGGGGAGCAAGCAAAUGGGGAAGACGAACUAGAUGCUGCCCAGAUGUAUUCAUUGAAAGAACACAUGUUCCGCAUAUACCAAGAACUCAGAAAUAAUGCAGAAAUCACCAGAAUGGCAGAAAGUGUCAUCAGUGAAAAUCCACUCCACGCUCUGGCCGAAGUAUCAGAAGAGGUGUUUGCUACUGGAGUCAACUGGGGACGGAUUGUUGUCUUCUUCUACUUUACAUACGAAGUUGCCCGACAGUCUGCCUCCAGUUUCUUUGGGAAUGUGAUGGACUGGGCCAUGAACUUUUUAAGGGAUCGACUGGCUGUCUGGAUUGAACAGCAGGGAGGCUGGAAUGAUCUACUAAAUUUUUUCCUGUCAUCAGAAUAGAAAUCUGGAGAGAUCAGUAUUUCUCAUUCCUGCUGUGUGGAAGGCUAAGAAAAUUAUUGAUCCCGCUUAGGAAUCCUUGGAUGGAUUUCAUCCUGCCCAGAAAUAAUAGUAAAGUGAAACUGUUGCUUGCUUACUUGACUUGUGAGUCAUUACAAGACAGCAUAACUUUUUAGACUUCAGUUGAAAACAGGAUACUUUUAAAACUGUCAUGUCAGAAAACUUGCUGGAAUAUCUGUGGCCUGUAAGUAGUUUUCCUCCUUG